AUGGGUUUGAUGAGUCCGUUAGGUGUCGGUUCAACUCCGCCGAUGUCACCUAACGGGAAUAUGUGGCAGAAUAAAUUUGUUAAUAUAACGCCACCCGCAUUACAGCUUCCGGGUAGCCGUUUGAAGACGUCUUUAAGAUCUAGAGAUUUAGAGAUGGAACUUGAGUUGCUACAAAGGCAGCAAAUGAUUGAUAAUUUAUCCACUAAUCUUUACAACAGAUUUGGGGAAAUAAAGCCCACUAAGCUGGAUGAUGUUUACGGUUCGAACCUUCUCAACAACAAAUUCGGCAGAACUCUAACCCGCUUAGAUCAAGUUUCGGGUUUGAUUCAUCGGCUGCAGUGGCACAAGCGGUGA